AUGGGUGUGAAUUUGUUAGCAUGCCCUGCCAAAUGCCCUCCCAAUACCUUGGAAAUCGACGAAAGGUCGGGCUAUAUCGUUUACCGCACCUCUUAUUUUGCUCAGCCGGGAACUGCAUUCUCCCGGUUCAUCGACGCCAUUAUCUCCCUUGUCACAGACCUAUUACCUUUUGAAGACGCCUCAACGACAAAUAAUAAACUAGAGAGCGCAGGUUUUGUUCCGCAACUGUGGAUGUGGUCUCAAGACUGUCGAGUUAUCUUCGCCGAUCCAGUAGAGUUCGAUCAAGCGUCGAUGGACUCAAUCCACGCUCACUUCGGGGCCUGGAAGACCUCUCAGGAGAAGCUAGACUGGCCUGCAACACAUUGGAGGUGUAUAAUAUACGACGAAGUAUCACGGCAUGCGUUCCUGAGCUCUCCGCCUCUGAGAAGGGGGGAGGACAUCGAGCUUGGUGAGAAGGGAAUUCCUAAGGCUCAUUAUGUGAAGGCCAUAACGCCAACUUCGGAUCAUGACGAUGAUAAUUAUGAUGCUUUCAUGGGAGGCGAAAGAUCAAAUAGAAUGGGUGUUGACCUAGAUGCCCACAAGACAGGGAUGGGAGUACUGUCGGAUUCUGAAGAUGAUGAGUAUGACGGUUUCCUUGGGGGAUCUAUUUGA